UCAUUCCGGGCCUUUAACUCCUAGCUAGGACGUCCCAUUCCCCAGGACGUGCUCACUCUGCGGAAGACUCGCUGUUUUGUUUGCAACUUCGCUCCACUUCAACCCGACGCUUUUAUUUACCUUCUUGGUUUCCACGUGUGUCUUUGGAAAGCUGUUUAUAUAUACAUUGGAUCACAACUUUCGAUUUUCUUCUUUGAUUUUCUCUUUCCUGCUGUUUUGUGAUUCUACCAAGAUUGUUUUCUUUGGAAUUUAAUGGAAGUAACUGAAAAUGGUCCAUCUUGUGGAAAUUUGGACGUAAAGAAUUGAAGACUUGGUAGAAUUUAUCAGAAUGUUUGUGACGGUUAAGUAUGGGGACGAGCAGAGUCGUCUCUUCAAUGCUAAUUGCAGAAACGACGUCCUUCUUCAACACAUCAAGAAACGCUGCGAUUGCCAGCGAGAUGACAUAGUGGAACUCUCGGAUGAGAAAGGCGUGGUAAAACACCUGAGGAACUUCCCGUACGAUUACGGUAUAGACCAUUUGAGGGAGCGGGAGACGCUGAUCCUACUCAAAGUCGACGGUAACAUAUAUGGAGACGAGAACGACUCCACCAUGGGCGACAGGCUCACCUUUAUCCCGCUACUUGCCAGCAUGGAGGGCAACCAAGAAUUUAUGGAACUGAUCAACCCUCGUCCACAGUCAAGAAAGAGUUCGGCACGUGAGGAUGAUCGGCGAGCAAAAGCAAAAGGCGGGAGAAAAACUCCCCCUAAUACCAAACGACAGAAUACCAAAUCUGGCGCGAAAAAGACCUCCUGACAGAAUGUGAACUAUAAUGUAUUAUUUAUUGUAAAUGUCUGGGUGUAUUUGAAUAUGUUGUUAUAAAGUAAAUUAUAAUACAUGG